GCACAAUUUUUAGAGAUUUUAUUCAAGUCUGAUGAGAGAAAAAUAUAUCGAGAUCAUCUAAGGUGCAAUAUCAGAAAUAUAAAAUAUUAUAUAAUAAUACGUAAAAAUUGACUAAAAAAAUGUUCCACACAAAUAAGCGAAGGAGACCCAUAUAUAAAGUAGAUCUUGAUGCUUAAUAAUACUUUUGCGUGAAUUUUACAAUUUCCAGUUCAAGAAAAAUAUUAUAUUAUGGGAAUUUCCCUGAUCAAAUCUGUGACCUUUCUGCCUUCGUGUAAGAUACAUCGAGGAUCUGCCAUGCGAACUCCAGGAGUUUGGCUGUUGUUGAUCGCGGGUGCGUUCUUUGUCUGCUGUUUAUGGAAGAUGGGAUCGAUCAGUCGAUGGAAUUCCAGCAUGCGCGCAAAGGCUUUAAUUCACUUCGACCUGUCAAUUCCAUCAUCAUCAUCGUCGUCAUUAUCGACGUCACGUCGACCUCCCUUUGAUAAGAUUAACGCGAGACUCUCACGCGACGCCGCACGCAGAAAACAUCGCGGCACUCUGUCCAAGUACAUGCUGCAGCUGUACCAUCGGCGUCCGGACGCUGACGUCGUCCGCGCGAUUCAGCCAGUGCACACUUCCAGUCUGCUCAGCGACGGCGGUAGAAUUUUGGAAUUCGCGAUCCCGUCCACCGGCGUUGACGAGACGCUGGAGGCUGCAGAAUUGCUCGGAAUAGCUGGCGCGAUAGUUAGAGUGCGAUCGUUGAACGAUCUGUCUUCAUCUACGAUGAAGAACGGGAGUGAAGAGAUCCGGAAGCUCAGGAAGGACAACGCGUGGCGAGCUUUCGAUGUCACGUCCAUUGUUGCCGGCAGGAACGGCGAUAUAGUCAAGCUUUACGUUCACGGCAGGCUGACCUAUCAUCCUUAUGGCGAUGGUCCGAUUCUUCUAUUGAAUUACAACAAGAUCAGAGGUGUCCGACGUCAUCGGCGAUCCGCGGAGGACCAAGAGGAUCAGGAUCGUUGGGACGAUGAACUGCCACGAAGACGACGUCGGAAUAGUUGCCGCCGGCGUCCCAUGUACGUGGACUUCGCCCUGAUUGCGUACGACGAAUGGGUGGUCGCACCACCAGGAUACGAAGCUUAUCAAUGCACUGGCAAGUGUUUCUUUCCAUUGAGUGAUCAUCUCAGCCCGACCAAGCACGCGAUAGUGCAGACGUUGAUGCACGGCGCACUCCAGGCUAGCGAAGAUCUCCGUGGCAACAAGUUUAUCAGUAGAGCCUGCUGCGUACCCACCAGACUGGCGCCUACAAGUCUGCUCUAUCUGGACGCCAGAGGCACUUUGACCUACGAAUACGGCUAUGAGGACAUGGUCGUCUCUGAGUGCGGUUGUCGCUAAUUGAUAAAUCAUUCCUUUGCUUCAAAAGUAACACAACUCAAAAAAUGUAAUUUUUUAGUUAUUAUGAAUAUAUUGAAUUAGAUAAGCAUUACUCUAUCACUCAUAAAAAAUGAACUAAUUUUAUUAAAAAAAUCA